CCCUAAUGAACGGAGCUUAAAUCUAAAAAAUAAACAAUCAUCUGUGAACUUAGUUGCGCUUGCUUGCGAAAUGCAGGCGGAGAUUAAGGCCGACAUCAUCGUGGAGGCGAUGGAGGUGCUAGUGAAUCACAUUCUAUACGUGCGCGGUAUAUACCCCUCGCACAUUUUUAAAAUGAAGCGGAUGUACAACUCGCCCAUCUAUGUGUCCAUAUUUCCACCGCUUAAUAACUACCUGGCCGGCGUCCUAAAAUCCGCACAAGAACUUCUUCGCCGCCGGGAGCUGCAGUGCCUGGAGCUAAUAGUGUAUCAGAAGGAGAAUGAGAAGUUGGAGAGCUAUAAAAUGCAACUAGAAACCCAGAGGAGUGGCCUACCGGCAGAGGAUCAUUUGAUGGAGUUCGAGCAGAACAUGCGCUCUGUCAUCUACAAAAUCUCUCAGCGCUUAAACCAGGCGCCUAAACUGCCCGCCGGAAGUUGUCAGUUUAAGGUGCAUCUGCACACUACCCAGGAGGCAUUCAUCCGCUUCAGCCAUGACUCCCAGUACCAGGAGUUUCCCUGGCUUCAGACCCAAAAAACUGAAUCCCAAGCGACAGGGCGAACCGUUUACCUCCUUCCUUUGGCUAGGGUAGAUGAUUUGGGACUGAAAAUGGAUGUCCUCAUCGUUAAUUAAUGUUAUAUUCCUAAAACUGUUAUCCAUUUUAUCGAAAACUACACGACGUUGGGUUUAUUUUAAACUACAAUUGAUUCUAAUCAUGAAUCGUUGGCUGAUCCAUGGUCUUUCUUUAAUGAAUAAAAGGACGCCCAAUGGUUUUAUGGCUUAACAUUAGAUUCCUU